AUGAUGGUGAAACGCUUCGGAUACGCCAUCGCCUCGUGGUCCCGCAGAAAUGUUGUCGAUCCACUUCUCCAUAUUCUCCGCCGGGGAGCUGAGCCGAAUCAGCUAGCUUUCUCAUUUUCACUCGGCAUCACCUUAGGGCUGUUCCCAAUUUGUGGAGUUACUGUGUUUCUUUGCGGUAUAGCUAUUGCGUUACUUGGGUCUCUUUCUCAUGCUCCGACAGUGAUGCUGGCCAACUUCAUUGCCACUCCUAUUGAAUUGAGUCUGAUGAUUCCGUUUCUACGGUUUGGGGAAUUCGUUACUGGAGGGCCUCAUUUCCCUUUAACUUCUGAUGCUUUGAAGAAGGUCUUGACUGGACAAGCUUCAAAGGAAGUCUUGCAAAGCAUUCUCCAUGCGUUGUUAGGCUGGCUUGUUGCUGCACCAUUCAUAUUGGGAGGACUCUAUUUAUUGUCUUUUCCAUGUUUCAAGAUCUUGGUUAAAAAAUUCAGUCCUGUCCCGGCAAGCCCCAAAAAGAAUCUCAAUUCUAUUUCAAGCCCAAGAAAGUCACCCAAUUCCCCUUCUGAAGUCAGGCUAAAAGUGAGGGACGUAUAA